UAAAAACCUGUAUCUCGUCCUAGUACUGAAGAAUGCAGCGGCCGGGGACCAGCGGUGAGCGAACGCCUCUAGUGCAGCCCACGUACGUCUUCGAGUCCAGCAUAACGCGGCGCUACCGCAAGCGGCUGAGGAAUUGCCAGUGCGCCAUCUGUGUCUCUAUACUAGUCCUCCUCAGCAUCAUUCUCCUCGUCACCGUCUCCUACAACCUCGCCGACGACUUCAACGGCGACGACCUUGACAAUAACACCAUUCUGCCGAUCGUCAUCCCCGUGGCCAACGGCUCCAACCUGAAUAUGGUUGGCAAUCUGACGAGUUCGGGCAACAGAACGGCGUAUAAUCUGACGAGUUCGGGCAACAGAACGGCGUAUAAUCUGACGUCGAUAGAACCUAAUUUACUGCCGAUCAUGAACAAAAAAUGGCCAUUAGAAGAAACCCCCUCAGUUCCCUGGCCGACCACACCCUCAGCCGCCAACAUAUCUGACGCCGUAUCUCGCGGCAACGCUGCGCUGGCGGCGCAACAGCGCGCCGAAGCGGCGCGUACGGCGUUAGGCCGCAACACGCCGGCGCACCGCGCGCAGCGCGCCGCCGCGACCGCUGCUGACGUCAAGCCGUUGGCUGACGCUGCGUACGCGGCUGAGGAGGCUACUAAAGUGCUUGUUAACGGCACUCCACAUCGCGGCGGCAGCAUCGGCCGCGGUCCAGCCACAAAUGGUCACUUCCAAGAGCCCCCUUACUGUAGGGACACCACUCCUGUCUGCCCUGCCAGCAAGUUCAGAAGCCAGGAUGGAAGCUGUAAUAAUCUGGCUAAUCCUCUAAGAUGGGGUGUGUCUAGAACACCUUUCAGGAGGGUGUUGCCGGCAGAUUAUGGAGAUGGCAUCAGCUCUCCACGAAGAGGAGUCAACGGAACCGCUCUCCCAAGCGCCCGAGAUGUCAGCCUCACAGUCCACCGGCCAAGCUACGCACACGAAAUCUCGUUCACCGUGAUGCUGGCUGUCUGGGGGCAGUUCAUAGACCAUGAUAUAACCGCCACUGCUCUCAGCAAAGGUGAAAACGGCACGGCGCUUUCUUGCUGCGACCCGUCGCAGCCCCCGCACCCCGCGUGCUUUCCUGUGCCUCUGGACGUGGAAGACCCUUUCUAUCAGGAUUACCACGUCACUUGUAUGGAAUUCGUGCGUUCAGCCCCAGCGCCUACUUGUCAUUUCGGUCCACGAGAACAAAUGAACCAAGCUACAGCCUACCUCGACGCCUCAACAGUCUACGGGUACUCACCAACCCGCGCUGCUCAACUCAGGACCUUCUCUGGAGGGCUACUGCGGAUGCUAGUCGUGGAGGGAAGGGAGCUGCUGCCGCAGUCCAUGGAUCCUAACGAUGGCUGCAAUACGGAGGAGAUGAACGCGAAGGGGCGGUACUGUUUUGAAACUGGGGACGACCGAGCCAACGAGAACCUGCACCUCACCACCAUGCACCUGCUGUGGGCGCGCCAGCACAACCGCCUCGCCGGGAUCCUCGCGAGCCUCAACCCGAGCUGGGAUGACGAGCGUCGCUACCAGGAAGCCAGGAAGAUUGUGGGCGCUCAGAUGCAGCAUAUCAGCUAUAAUGAGUUCCUGCCAUUAGUUUUAGGUAACGAUGUAAUGUGGGCCCUGAACCUGUCUCUCCUGCCGACGGGCCACUCCAACUCAUACAGCCCUCGUGUGGACGCUUCUAUGGCUAACCACUUCUCCGCAGCCGCCUUCAGAUUCGCGCACACUUUGCUACCGGGUUUAAUCCACUCCUUCGACGCAGACACUGGCUCGGUAGACUACAUCCACCUUCACGAGAUGCUGUUCAACCCAUAUAUGCUGUACCGGGAGACUGGACCGCGGAAAUCGGUCUAUUCUGCCAUGAACACGCCGGUCCAUGGCGUAGACCCUCAUGUCACUGAUGAGCUAAGUAACCACCUCUUCGAGCGCCCCACCACCAACACCACCCUCGCCAACUCCUCCCUCCCCGCGCACCCCUGCGGCCUCGACCUAGUCUCCCUCAACAUACAACGAGGGAGGGAUCACGGGUUACCCCCAUAUCCGGCCUGGAGGGAGCACUGUGGAUUUAAACGACCGAAAAGCUUUGUGGAGUUGAAAGGAGUGCUGAAUGAGGUGUCAUGGACACGAAUCAGUACCAUUUACAGCCACGUAGACGACAUAGAUCUCUACACUGGUGCCUUAGCCGAAGAACCGAACGGCAGACUCCUUGGACCAACGCUAACCUGCCUCAUCGCGGAUCAGUUCUUGAGGAUCAAGCUUGGAGAUCGGUUCUGGUAUGAGACUGAGGAUGAGUCUGCUGGGUUUACAAUUGAACAAUUGACAGAGAUCCGAAAAACUACACUCGCGGGGGUAAUUUGCGCGAACGAACAACUAUUGGCUCAAGCGCAGCCGCGAGUCAUGGAGCUUGUGGGGGAAACCAAUCCGCUCGUGGCCUGUACAGAACUACCACAGCCUGCUUGGGACCCGUGGAAAGAAUAGUUUAAUAUU